UAAACGGUAAAGAAAUGUAAAAAAUAUAUUCUGCUUUCCUGGCCGAUUUUUCGUUGAAAGUAGCGACUGCUUUCACUGGAAUCGUGAUCGCUGGAUUUUUAUCUCGACUGAGUAAAAGAAACUACAGUUUUUAUAGAAUCUUUGGAGUUCARAUCCCAGAAGUUUGACAUUGUUUGGGUGAGCUGAUCUGGAAGUCGUCGAACAUCUAUCGACUCGAACUGAAAAACAGGUUUUUGAGCUGUAUUCCUGUUCGAUCGUUGAAUUGUGGACUUAUCUAUGUCAAAACGUUUUAACAGGACAUCGAAGAGUAACUACGACUUGUGAUUUGGGUCUUGGAAUUUGGUUAAACUCGAUCUUGCACCUCGUGGUCUUGUGUACUGGCUGAUACAAAUGAAGUAAGAUGGACGAGGMCGCAAAUCAAAAUCCAAUUCUUGGAUACUCCUUACACCAAAAAACCACCCAAUUAAUUGGAGAUUUCUUAAAGAACAUUUUGGAUAAUGAUUUUCAAUACUUGGAUGAAAUUCUUGCCGAGGUUAAGGAGCAUUUCGGAAGGCGAGACAGUGUGRCGCUUUUGCCCAAAACACCCUCUAUGAAAGGAAAGCGAAAACGUAUAGUAAGAAGUCUUGACGAGUCGCUUGAAAAUAAACCCUCUUCAUCCCCUGACAGAAGCCAGGAUAAGCUCAGAGAUGUCUGUCAAACUCCAGAAAGCAAAAAGCCUGCUAUAUGUCCUGCAGCAAGUCGAUCCCCUGCAGAAAUGAUUGAACCAAAAGGCCGCGUUACUAGAGCUAGAGCAUCUAGGACUAAAAAUGGUUCUGAAAAUGUUGAAGAUAGUGUAACCGGGAAAGCAAAAGGUAGAGGAUCAAAGAAGCAGUCAAAGGGGUCAAAACGACAAAAAAGAGGGAAGAAAAAUGACUCAAAACAACCGAUGGUAGAUAAUGAGGUAGAUAAGACUGAUGAAAAAGAAGCUACAGCUAAGAGAACAUCCACCAGAAAUAAAAGAAAACAAGAAGAAACAGAAGAUCAUCUUGCAGCUACUCCAGUCAAAAUGUCUUCACAUCAUGAUGGGUCACAAAUAGAUUCACCUGCRCAAUUGCAAUGCGUGACAAAGAAAUCCAAGUUAUUUGAAACUCCUGCCAAUGAAAUGCCGUCAUCUGUAGAAGUAUUUAUUCCUGAAACCCCCAAUAUUGAACCCAGUUCAAAGAAAGCGAGUAUUGAAAAGCCUCAAGCUGUCAUGCCUUCACUCCAAGUUGUUCUCACACCAACAUCAGUUGCUGAACCAGUUCAGGAAAUUUCAACACAAGCUAUUGAGGAAGAAAACGAAGUUAUGAUUAACCCUGUGCUUAUUGUGGAAGCAACCACCUACGGAAAUCAACGGAACGUCAAAAGCAAAACACCAGAGCCAAAAUGCCAGGAACAAGUAAUAAGUGAAGCGACUGUCUCAUCCACUAAGAAAACUAAUAGAAAAACGAAAUCCAGAGGUAGUAGAGCAAGUUCCUGCCGAGGUACAAAAAGGAAGCAAGACAGUAAGGAUGAUGGUGAACCAGCAGAGAUCUCGUCAUCCACCAACAAUGAUGAAGCAGGAUUAGAGGAAAGUAUGACAAAGAUGCAAAAGCUUGAGCAGUCUGACUCAGAUAAUGCAGUUGUUAGUUCAACAGUUAGCUCUCCUCCUAAAGCACAAAGGAAAAGCAAUCGUUUAUCUAAAGCAAGCACAAGGAGAUCARGCAGGUUGUCUGUGAAAGCAGCUCAAAAUCAGAGGAAUACCAAAAUUAGGAAAAGCAGAAGCCUUGUGAAAAGUUCUGUAUUACUUAAGUUAUCAUCAAAGAAAAUGAUGCCGAGUCUAACCCCUAAAAAAGACAAUGCUUCUGUUGAACCAGAAACAUUAAACACCAGCAAUGAACUAGACAAAGUAAAAGCCAAUUUAUUUGAAGAUCAAGAAAGCAAUAAAAUAAUAGAGGCAGGGAUUUUUCCAGAGAUUUGCGAAGCCUAUUCAUCUACUCCUUCUAAGACAACGAACAAAGAUUCUGCUGAAGAGAAUACUGAUGGAGAUGUUGAAACUGAGGAGGAAGAAUUUCAUGAUGCACAUGAAAGUGUGGAAGAAGUUGAUGGUGGUGAAUAUCACGAUGCCUCAGAGACCACUGAAGCCAUAGCUGAAGAAGUGGAAGAAAAAGAUGCCACGUCAAGACCAACAACUAGGUCAUCAUCCAGAAAUCAAAGCAGAGAAUCUCAAGUUAGUGAGGAUGGUGAUCACUCCUUCUGUAGCGGUUCAGGAAGCCAAACCUCCGACAAAGAAGGCAAUCUGAGUCAAUGUAGCUCUGAAAAUGAGCCAGAGUUACAAGAUGGUCAAAACAGGAAGGACAAAAAUCCAAUUUACAUUGGACCAACCAGGGUUAUCAAGAACCCAUCUGGAGUUAUUCAUUCGUUUAUCAAAAGAAACACACCAACAAAAAUAGAURAGAAGGAGAAAACUCGUUUGAUGAAAAAAGCCAUCUUGGAGAAACAAGAAAAAGAAAAGGAAAGAAUAGAACAGCUUGAAUUGCAAAAACAAAAGAAAAUUGAAGACCAAAAAAGGAGAAGAGAAGAAAAAGAAAAGAAAGCUGCAGAAUUACGCGCAGCUAGAGCUCGCGCAGAACGAGAACGAAGAGAGCAAAUGGAAAAGAGAUUAGACAUGAGGAAACAGCAGGAAGAAAAAGCAAGGAAAGAAAAAGAAAAGGAGGAAGAGAUGAGAAGAAAAGCUCGCCUACAAAAGAAAGCUGAGCUAGAUGCCCGUAGAAAGCAAGAAGAAGAACAAAGGCAGCAGAAACUUCAAGAGAAGGAAGAAGAAGCCAGACGCCAUGCUGAAAUGCUGCGAAGGAAAGCAGAAUUCGAGGAACAAGAAAGGCAAAGAAAAAUCGUGGAAGGAAAACGUCAACAGGAAUUGAGGGAACAAGAACUCGAAAGGGAAAGAGAACAAGAGAAAAUUCGACUCUUGAGAGAAAUCGAAGAAAAAGAACGUAAAGCUAAGGAAGAAAAAGAAAACGCAGAAAAGAAAAUGAGAGAAGAAAAAGAAAAAGAGGAAAAAGAACGCAAGAGAAUUGCACAGCUCUUGAGGGAGAAAGAAGAGCACGAAAGGAAAGAAAGAGAAAAGAAAGCAAGAGAAGAAAAAUGGCGCCAAGAACGUGAACGGAAACUUCGUGAGGAACGUGAAGCAGCGUAUCAAGAAGAACUCGAAAGAGAGAGGCAAAGACAUCGGAAACUCGAAGAACAACGCCUUGCAGAGGAGGCACGACUCAAAGCACUACACAAUGCUGAUUCUUAUGACAUGACGCCACCUCCGCCUCCUCGGAUUCGAAGCGUUGCAUYUACAGAAAAUUACAACAUAGAUGACAUAUGCAGUGAUGAUUCUACUGAUGAUGAAGACGCGCCAAAAAAGAGAAUACCAUCUUGGGCACAGGGAGCCAAACUAAAAGCUGCACUCAUCAAUCAAUCCAUGGGGAAAUUCGAUGUCGAAGCUAUUUUCGGUGGAGUCGCAAUGCCCAAUCUUGAUGAGAUAUUCACUUAUAAGAAGAAGAAGAGGUUCUAUCAACGUACAAGCUCUGCUCAUUGGGACUCGCCGCCAUUAAGGACCUUGAACAGAGGAAGUACAUUAAUAUAGUAAUUUUUAUAUUGAUUCUAUUCAAUUUGAAUUCGUAAUGUACCCUUCUCAAAAUUGUCCUGAAUGCUAGGCUGACAUGAAAACAUAAUAUCACACUUUUUCUCGAUGGAAUUUGUUGCAUUACUUUUGUCUUUUCAUGACAGCCUUGCAUUCAAGACAGUUUUAAGAAAAGGGUACAUAGAAAGAAAACGAGUGGAAAACGUCUACGCAUGCUCUACGUCUAAGGCAAAAGCUUUCAAUAUCGUUCUUAUUAUACAGUACAUUGGUCUCGCGAAAGUAUACUACUACAUACUACUACCCCCCCACUGUAUGUUAACAAAAAACGGGGGAAAAACAAUUCUCACCUAGACGCUAUUGGGCUCUUAGAAAACCGCGCUAACAUGAACGCAUGCGCGGAUGUUUUUCUCUAUUAUUCAUAUUUACASCGUUAUUACAAUGUCAUGUGUUCUUAUCCUGAAAGGUUCAGUAUCUUUAAACCAAUGGUCUGCCAAGGGACGCUUGCGUUACCCCUAAAUGACCAUGGCGCCAACACAUUUGUAAGUUGGGUUCAUGCGCCUGUGUUUUCACCAGGACGUGUAAAAGUUAUAAAUAACGAUGACGGUUUUUGGCCAAGUUAUUUUUGUAAAUAAUAAUUUAGAAAUCGUUGGAGAGGUUUUGCGAGCUCAUUUUCUGCMAAAAGAAGGGGAAUAAUACAUAAAAUUCUUUAGGUAGCAAUGUUUUAUUUUCUGCCAUCCCUUAUUACCAUCCCUUAUGGCAGUUUAAAUGAGUAAAACCCCUUUAAGGUUUUUGUUGUGUAAAUCACUCUUUUUUGUGCUUUCUAACGACUGGCAAUACACUGACAGAAUAUAUCUUACGCCUAACACGUUUUGAAAACAAAUUUUAGGAUAUUGUUACAAAAUGAAAUUUGUACCACUUAAGCCCCGUUUACACUGGCGAUUUUUGCUGCAAUUUUUGUGGCAAUUUUCGGAAAUAUGAAAUAUUUUGUCUCAUCCUUCAAAAGAGACAUUCGUCUGGAAAAAUCUUGGUAUCCUGAAAAAAGCUUUACAAGUAAAUUCUUUACCAUUAUUUAUCAUGGACAAAAUCGCAAAAAAACCGCUAGUAUAAACGGGGAUUUACAGUGCAACGUGCAAAAGUAGGACCAAAUUUAAUGUUAAGUAAUCAUAGUCCCCUCUCUGUCAUAGUCCCCUCUCUGUCAUAGUCCCCUCUCUGUAGCUCAUUGCCAAAGCAUCCGACUGGUAUCCGGAGGGUAACGAAUCCCGUCUCUGUGGACUCGGCGGUUUUCCGAGCCCCAGCAUAAGCUAGURAAUAUUGGAUAUCCUUUUAUCAUAUUUAAUGUAUUCGCAUACCUCUAGGUUUUCAUACUCUAAAGGCGCGAUUACAUGGAGCAAUUAUCUUUGCAACUUGUCUUGCAAUGGCRUUGCCACACAAGUUGCAUGGAACAUUGCAGCGUGUAACCAACAGCGCAACAAUUUGAAAACAUGUUGCGAGACAAGUUGCAGCAAUCGUUGCCAAAAGUAAAAUUCGUUUUUACCUUUGGCAGCGAUUGAGUCUCCGUGGCACUGUGUUAACACUCUUGCAACCUGUGUCGCAACGCUGUUGUGAGACAAGUUGCAGAGAAAACUGCUGCUUUAAUUGGGGCCUUACGACACAAUUGCUGCAACUUGUCUCACGACAUUUUUAUUCAAAUUGCGCUGUAGGUUAAACCCUGUAAUGCUCCAUGCAACUUGUGUGGCAACGCCGUUGCGCGACAAGUUGCCUUCAAAGCAACACAUUACGAUGCGAAGCUGGUGGGGAAAAGCCAUGAACAGAAGCAUGUGAAUACAUUUUUAAAAUGUGGUCAUUACUUUGCGCGUUGCGCUGUAAAMAUAUCGAUGGUAUUUGUAUAUUAUGCAGUUUAGUAUUACUAUAUCUUAAGCUCUCUUAUCCAUCUUAAUGAUGUAAACUAUACCAGCUUUCUUUAUUAAAUUUUUUAUCUUUGGUUUCAUCAUA